AUGUCUACACUUUGCCUUAAUCGACUCUCUGAAGAACGAAAACAAUGGCGGAGGGACCACCCUUUCGGAUUCUACGCGAAGCCGUAUCGCAACUCUCAAGGUGUCCUAGAUUUGAAGCGAUGGGAGUGCGGGAUCCCCGGAAAAGCGAAGACAGUGUGGGAAGGCGGACUGUUCAAACUUGACGUUAUCUUCCCUGAUGAAUACCCCACGAAGCCACCGAAGUGCAAAUUCGUUCCACCACUUUUCCACCCAAAUGUUUACCCUUCGGGAACCGUGUGCUUAUCCAUCCUAAGCGAAGAGGAUGCGUGGAAGCCGGCCAUCACUGUCAAGCAGAUCCUUCUAGGCAUCCAGGACCUGCUUGAUGACCCCAACCCAGAAUCUCCCGCCCAGGCAGAAGCGUACAAUUUGUUUAAGAAGGACCGGCCAGCUUAUGAGAAGAAGGUCCGCCAGGUUGUGAAAGAGAAUCCUGCGAUGUGAGCACUAUCUUGGGGUAUUAUUUACGAUGGAGCCCUUCUCCAUUAUUUCGCGACCUUGGGGUGCAGAUGCCUUCAUCCUCUCUUGCCCUCCAUUCCUAUAAUUUUUGUGAAGGAUUUACUUUUCAUCGAAGCACCAUUGGAUUGAGCGUGGCGUUUUUUGGGGCUGGAGUAGGUGCGAUUGGGGUUGCUGGAUCUUACGCGACACUGAAAUUGUUCUUGACUCCAGUUCUGUUAUACACUCGAACUUGCAGCGGGAAAUGUCUUCCUAAGUCGUCCCGAGCGAAUUAGGUUUCUCUCCCUUCUUGAUCUUUAAUGCAAUUUACGUCUGUUGACCCUUUGUUUGAUGCUCUCAGAUUCCAACCAUGGAUAUGACAGUACACAAUUUACAAACACUAGACUUGCAAGCAUAUGAAUAAAUGAACAGACAGAUAGGAUAGGAUAGUUCUCGCGCUGACAACGGGGUGAGGUUGUUUUGAGAA